AUGAAUAACAGCAACAACCACAAUGUAAUAAUGCAAAAUAAUAAUAACUAUAACAAUAAUAAAAAUAAUUCAUUAAAAAGAAAAUUAUAUGAUAAUGAAAAUAUAUUUCAAGAAGCAGUUGAAGUCAAAGAUGGUGGUAAAAAAUUAAAAUUUGUAAAUAGUGUUAGUAAAGAAGUUGAAGAAGAUGAAUUAAUUGAAGAAAAGAAUUUAAAUUAUCUUUGGUCAUUAUCACAUUGUUCUCAACCAAUUAAUCCAUCAUUAGGUGGUUAUUAUAUGUAUAAAUUUAGAGAGAUUGCAAAUAUUGCUGAAAUGAAUGGUGUACCAGAUCAAAUUGAAACUAGAAAUUGUAAAAAUUGUGGUACUUUCUUAAUACCAGGUGUAAAUUGUAGAGUUAGAAUCGUAAAACGUUCAGACCUAUCAAUUAGAUCAAAAUCAUUAAUCUCUACAACAAAUUUAGAAAUUAAUUCACUCUCUUCAAAACUUAAACAACAAUCUUCAUUAAAACAAAAUCAAUCAAAGAAACCCACAAAUGCUUUAAUUCAAUUUUGUUUACAAUGUUGUAAAUUAAACCCAAUUAAAGGUGAACCAUUAUCAAAAAGAAAUUCAAGAAAACAAUUUAUAAAAAAAGAAAAAGAAAUAAUAAUAAAUAAUAAUAAUAAUAGUAAUAUAAACAAUUUAAAUAAUAUAAAAAACAAUUCUAUUAAUGGACAAAAUAAUAUGAAAAAUUUAAAUGAAGAAAAUAAUUCAAUUUCCAAUAAAAAUAAUUCAAUUUCCAAAAAUAAAAAUAAUAAUUCAAUUUCCAAUAAUAAUAAUAAUUCAAUUUCCAAUAAUAAAAAUAAUAAUAAUAAUAAAUCUACAACUCCCUCUAAAUCAAAUAAUAAUAAUAAUAAUAAUAAUAAUAAUAAUAAUAAUAAUAAUAAUAAUAAUAAUAAUAAUAAUAAUAAUAACAGUAAAAAAGUUAAAAUCACCCAAGCAGGAAGUAAAAAUAUUCAAAAUAAAGAAGAUAAUUUAAAGGAUUUCCUGUCAAAUAUUGGAGGACUCCUCAAGUAA